AUGGCCUCCUCGCUGCUGGAGGACAGCUCCAUCGAGCCCCCGGUGCUGCUGAGCGACAUCAAGACGGAGCCCCCCGUCCUGGCUGCUGGAGGACAGCUCCAUCGAGCCCCCGUAAAAAUCGACCCCAGCUCCAUGUACCCCCUGGAGAUGAACAGCGACAGCGAGGACAGCGUCACAGAGAGCAGCUCCGCGCCCUUCCAGGACCUGCAGAGGGAGCCAGGGGGGCAGGUGGGUCCCUCAGGAGCCCAGCAGGGUCUGACGCUGCGUCCCCCUCACGCAGCCGAGUCCCCCGACUUGAAGAAGAGGCGGAUUCACCAGUGUGACUUCGAGGGCUGCAACAAGGUGUACACGAAGAGCUCCCACCUCAAAGCCCACCGGAGGAUACAUACAGGAGAGAAGCCCUACAAAUGCACCUGGGAAGGCUGCACCUGGAAAUUCGCCCGCUCCGACGAGCUCACCCGGCAUUUCCGCAAGCACACGGGCAUCAAGCCCUUUCGAUGCUCAGACUGCGACCGCAGCUUCUCCCGCUCGGACCACCUGGCCCUGCACCGCCGGCGGCACAUCAUGAUGUGAGGGGGGGAGGGGCGGCCGCCGGCUCCGCUCCGCGCUGUUGGCCACGGCAGAGACGGGAGGCCCCCGUCCCCAGCUUGAUUCAGCCUGGCCGCAGGCUGGACGCUCGCUCGGCACCUGUGGCUGCCCACACCUGAGAACGCAGCCCCCACCCGUGCACAGGAGGGCUGGAACGCGAGGCCCUGCUCCCUCCCGCCGCCCCCCCUUCCUGGACCGCCCCCGGAGUCCUCCACGUGGAACCCAGCUCCUCCCCGGCUUUGGGCUUUUUGCACAUCGCCUCCCCGCCGGGCUCAGGUGACCCAGCGCCGGCCUGGCCCCGGAGAGCGACUCAGCCUGGCCGGGCGGCUUCGCUGCUGCCGCCGAGAGCAGGAUUGGGGGCCGGCCGGGCCUCCCGAUGGGGUGCUGCAAUAUGUUCUGGAGACGCUGGCACCGCCCCUCCUGUGUACGGGCACGUCCACCGCGGCUGGUCCCGGAGCCUCCCCCUGAGGCCCGGCUGGCAGCGGAGAGCCGGCCCGGCCCGGCGGGAGCGCGCCCUUUUGUGGGCGGGCAGGCGGCCUCGUUCGGUGAAGCCCCGGUCGCUUGAGGGGGGCGGGCCUGCGGACAAAGAAAAGGGAAAAUUUUGCGGAACACGGAACUGUGAUUUUAUCUGAUUUUGGGGGGGUGGGCUGGGGACCCUGCAUUAUGCCAGUGCUGCAGGGCCGUAGGACAGUCGAAGCAUUUCUAAUUUAAACCUUGCAGCCUGGACACGGACUCUAGGAGCAUCGUCCGUUGCGCGUCAGGUCAGCAGUGGCCGGGCCCUGCCCUGCCUGGACUCAUGGGGCUCUGUACCGGGCCGUUCUGGACUUGAUUGGGGGGGGGGCGGAGGGGGUGGCCUUGGGGCUGGAAAUACACACGUCCAUGCACAGGGGUUCUUUGGGUUUCAAGAAUUGGUUUUCCCCCAUCCUUUCUGCAGGGGCGGGGCUAAGAACCGGCCACGUUUCCCGAUGCUCCUUUUUGUGUCUGCGCCUUCCUCCCUGGGGGAUUUGAGGUGGGGAGAGGCUGGGAUGACGUGUGCCUGCCCCCCAGUUCUGUGCGUGUGCGCAAAGGGAGAGACACUGGCUAGUCCCGUUUGGCGCUGCUCAGGCCUAGGACGGUUUCCCCUUCGUCUCCCAGGCCAGCCCAGUUAGCGCCUGCCCCACAGCGGUGGUUUUGGGGGAGGUUCGAGAGCUGGAGUUCGAAAUUCCAGUUUAAUCACUGGGCAGCUGGCCGCCCCAUGGGGAAGCCAACAUUUCAGCCGCACGCCAGUGCUCCCCCUACCUGGGGCACCAAUCUGCCUGGACUACCCCAGCCCCCGCGCCCCUUUUUAACUCGGCGUGGCCACCGCUUGCCGUAUUGGGGUUUUCCUUAAAGCUGCGGAGCCUGGCGCGGGUGGGAACCUGGCCUUUCAUUGAAAAGCAAAGUUUCUCACCUGCCCGGUUGUGGCGCAAACCUGGGACAUGGCUGCUCCCAGGGAAAAAUGCUCCCUGCAGCAUUGCGUUUUGUGUAAAUCUCAUAUUUUUUUAAAUCGGUCUCAUGAAUUUUGAGGGAGAAAGGGGGGUUUCUCUUGAUUGCUGAAGGCGUGGGGUUGGCAAUACUCAGACGACACCUGAGAAGCAGACAGGUUGUGUGUGUUGGUUUUAAUUUCUCAAUUUGCUGUUUCCGGAGCAUCGAUGCAAAACACACAGGCGCACACGCGUGUAACCUUGCACGGUAAGGCAGCGAGGCAGGCAGGAGCCGUCACUCGGAACUUUUGCUCUCCUCUGUCUGAGCAGGGCAGGCGCUGUGUGGGGGUUUUUACCGUGACAUUUUAAAAUCUGGAGCUGUGAGAUAUUUGUACAAAACUGUUUGACGUUUUUCUACAUGGGAAUAAUAUGGAAAGUAGAUG